UAAGUUCAAUAAGCCAUCAGCCCAACAACAGCACCAAGAAACAACGCACUCUCGUCUUCUCCGUCGCCGGGGCAACACGCCGCCGUGCCGCCCCCUCUCGUCCCGUCCGUGGUUGUCACCGCGCUUUCCUACCUCACCCGCAGGCUUGCGACUGCGUUGUUCGGCGGCUAUCUCGGUUCCAAACUAACAGGAGGAAAGGACCCAUGGCGAUGGAGAUGAGAGCCCGGGAAUCUGUAGGCAUGUCGGAGGACCUGACACGGGCAAUCGCACCUUAUGCCACAGCCCUGCACGACGCUUUCCUCCACUCCCAUUGCUCCUCGUGUUUCAGGAAGUUGCCAUCGCAACCUCCAUGUGCCAUGUCUUGUAUGCUCUGCUGCUCCGUUCAGUACUGCUGCUCAGACUGCUUAAGCUCGGAUUGUGAAGUGCAUUCUUCUUCUGGUGAAUGUUGUUUCUUCGCCGAUCACCUCAAGAAAGCAUCUCCAUCCUACGUCACUGAAGGCACGAGCGAUGUCCGUGCUUCUCUUCGACUUCUUUAUUUUCUCGAGAUGCAUGGUCUUGUCUCGUCAGAUUCAAUCAACCGGUCCAGCAGAAUUGGUGGGCUUUCAACAAUUGGUAUUCGGGAAGUUCUGGAGGAAGGUGGGGAGGUUGCCGAGAUGAUACUGAAGGGAAGCAUGCUGAUGUCGUCUGCCAGAAAAAUGAGGACGCAAACAUCUGUUGUUUUCUCCAAUGGCCUGACAGUAGAGAUAGUGGCAUUAUGGGCAGUGAUGAUCAACAGCGUUGAGGUGCAGAUUAGUGACCAGUGGGAUCUGGGGAUUGCAGUUUAUGGACCUAGUUUCUCAUGGUUCAAUCAUAGUUGCUUUCCGAAUGCUUCUUAUCGUUUUGUGUUGGCUCCAUCCAAUGAAGAUUAUGUUUCAGACAAAUCAGAAUACCGUGCAGUCCCUGCUAGCAAAGGGGUUGCUCCAGAUGCGUGGCAUGCUUGGCAAUUUGAAGAGGGUUCUACUCAUGCACUUGGCAAAUAUGGCCCAAGAGUUGUUGUCCGUUGCAUAAAGCCAAUCAACAAGGGGGAUGAAGUUUGCAUAACAUACAUUGAUCUUCUCCAGACCAGGGAAGCAAGGCAUUCAGAUCUUUGGUCAAAGUAUAAGUUUAUUUGUUCUUGUGAGCGCUGUACUGCAUCACCAGAAUCAUAUGUGGAUUUUAUUCUAAACUGUGACUUCAGGAACUUGAAUUCACCAGAGAAUGCUUUUAUAUCUCUAGCAAUUGAGGAUUUUGAUGAUAUCUUACAACAAGCAAUAUCGGAAUAUUCAUUGGGUGAUGAUCCCAAAGCCUGCUGUGCUAUGAUUGAAAGUUUGCUUUCUGAAAACUUGAUGGGUGAUUUGCAGCAAGUGGAACUUUCACAGAAAAGACAUAUACUACAUCCUCUUCAUCAUAUAUGUCUAAGAGCUUAUAUGACGCUUGCCUCUGCUUACCGCUUUCGUGCCCUAGAAUCCAGUACUGAUGGCUUUAAGGGAGAAAACAGUGCCGUUUCUUUCAAAAUGACCAAAGCUGCAGUAGCUUAUUCAUUUCUUCUUGCAGGAGCUACGCACCAUCUGUUCUUAUCUGAACGUUCCUUUAUGACCCCGCUGGCGCAUUUUUUGUUAAGCGCUGGACGGUCCAUGUUAGAUUUUGUUGAAUGUGUAAAGGGAGAGAGAAGGAAAAAUGUAUCCCAAGCUAAGUUUAGCUUUGCUUCAUGUUCAGCAAGUUCAGGAACACGUGAUUCCAUGCAGUACCAUCAAUUCAGAUCAACUUGUGAGGAAUUUGGCAAGCACAUGUUAUCGUUAUCAUUGCAGUGCUGGUCAUUUCUUGUGCAAAGCUCACCCUGCCUGGAAAAGAUAAAAAACCCUAUAGACUUCAGUUGGCUUGGGACAGCAAUAUUUCAGUCUCUCCAUCUUUCUGAGGUAGAUUCUGCCAACCUUUCUUGUACAGAUGGUCUAGAAAUUUUCACUGAAGAGCAGAAGGGGUGUAUUCUCAGCUUAGCUAUUUGCUGCAUCACCUUUUGCAAAUAUCUUGCAAAUUUAUGCUAUGGUCCACAACAUUAUUUGGCAAAUCAUGCUAAAGAUCUGCUUGAAGGGAUUCCUAAGCACACUGGAGAAAUGUGUAAGCACAUGAAUGACUAAUCAUUCUGAUACCAGCCAGCACAGUUUACUGCAACUGCAACUGCAACUGCAACUGCUGCUUUCUCUUUAACCUGCUCAUUAUCAUGCCAACAGUAACUUGUAGCUUAUCUCUAGAACUUCAAGCUUCUAUAUGUUUCAGUACCACUUAGUUAGCUUCAUUGUUUCAAGUAACGGGUUUAGCUUAGACAUGUGUUUUACUGAUAAGCUGAACAGCAUAAAUGAUCAGAAAUUUAGGUUCGACCACAACCACAAACACAGCAAAUUUGGUUACUGAGAAACAGAUGCUCUGCCGUAGCAGGUUUAAUGGAUGCCCACCAGAAUAAUUGUCAGAAUAUGCUUUGGCAUCUUCCACUGCCUGCAGCAUUGCUUCCACUGACCUAACCAGUGGGAAGUUAAACUGUCCUCCAUUAAUGAGCCGGCGUGUCUAUUCCUACCAGGCACCUUUCUGCUUAAAGCGGGUGUUGCUGAUAAUUCAGGAAUUUCUCCUCUCUAUCGUAUCUCUCUCUCUCCCCCAAAGAAAGAUCUUAUGUGUCAACAUUUUUCUAGUUGAAGGAUAUUCUGUAUCGCAUGGUAUUCACGAUGUGCUGCGUGUAUAAUGAAUUCACGAUUGAUUUGUAGGCACUUAUUUGAUGCUGAGCUAAUGGUCUAUACCUGCAUCUUAAUUCUUAAUUUUAUACAAGGUUUUUUAUAGAUGUAGUGCUGAUGCUGCAAACCAUAUGUUAGGAGUGAGCUUUUAUUUUAACGGUGUUCUCUUCUCACAAUAUGGGUGUGCUAUGUAUGGUUUGUUUUCCCUUUUAGAACAGUUAAAAUUUCACAGUUAACAGUUGUAGUGCAUAAACCUGCUUUACUUUUGCUGAAAAACUAUAUAUAUAAAUGAACUUGACGUAGGACCCAUCCUUUCAAUAAGGGGAGUGAUAUUUCCCAUGUAUGUUUAGUUGAUUAUACAUUAACUAAAAUAAUAUGGUGUGCAUUGGAAAUUUUGAAUAAUUGAAGGGUAUAUUUGUGGAUUAUUUUUGUUUUUGUGGGCACAUGUCGCUGCAGUUCCAC